GGAUAAGAGCCAGCGAUGCGUGCACUGGAGAAAGUGCUUUGCCGGUACCGGCACCACUGGAGCAUUGAGUUGCGUUUUCGUCCUGCUUUGCUUGGAGGCAUAAUGAAGGAGACUGGUAACCAGCCCCCAGCGAUGGUACCUAAACGUGGGGAAUACAUGAUGAAAGAUAUAAAGAGAAUGGCAAAGUAUUAUCAGGUCCCACUGCAGAUUCCCAAGGAUUUCUUUGGGAGUGUUAUCAGAAAAGGCAGUCUUUUUGCCAUGCGCUUUCUCACAGCCGUGGAUAUGACACAGCCACAGUUCCUGGAGCCUGUGUCCAGAGAGCUCUGGAUGCGCCUCUGGUCCCAGGAUGAAGAUAUCACCCACCCAGACAGUAUAUUGCUAGCAGCAGAGAAGGCUGGGCUACUCUCAGAGCAAGCCCAUAAACUACUGGCAAUGACCUCAACCGCAGAGGUGAAGAAUCGCCUGAAGGAGACUACAGAGGAGGCACUAAAAUAUGGGGCCUUCGGAAUGCCAGCAGUUGUGGCCCAUAUCAGUGGUGAAUCUCACCUCUUCUUUGGCUGUGACCGUUUAGAACUGCUGGGCAGUGUUAUAGGAGAGAAAUGGCUGGGACCAGUUCCUGCAGCUUCAAAGCCCAGGAUGUGAGAGAACCAGGUGCAAUAUGAAACUACUAGAAAAUUCACAUUUCAGUCAAUGAAACAGUAAUGCCCAUUCCUGGGUGGUGGCAUCUAAGGUCCUAGCGUGGCUGAAAAAAGUAGUAAUGAUCCUCUGCAAGGAAAAUAAUCAGGACGCCAGUUCUCCUAUGACAUUGAGAAGGAUUUGCACUUUUCUCACCAUACAAACAGAUUUUCAAGGCAGAAUAGGGAUGUGGUGGCACUUUGGUGAGUGAAGCGAUAAUGCAGGAUCAUGGGCAGUAUGCAGAGCUCUGGCUCUCUGAUAAGAGUGAGUGAAAUCUUCUCUCAGUGGUGAUGAACAGGCUAAGAGAGACAACUCAUUUCACCUCAUAAGAUCUGAAAGCCUGUCUGGCUUUUGUCUCAACCAGCAUAUUUGGUGAUCAGUGAGAACAGCUUAGGGAACCAUAGCUCUAAAUUGUAUAUGCAAACUCUCUUGACCUGGCUGCAGGAAAUCAUUCUCAGGACUCAGAUACUUCUCUGAACUCUCAGCCUGUCCGUGUCUGUGCCUUCCAACUCUGCCUGUAUUGCCAGUCCAUUGCCCUGUUGUUCUCACAUUGGCUUGCACUUAGAAUGCUUCUUGUAUUGUCAUCUUCUCUCUUAUCUGAUUCCUUCACUUGAAAUAAAUUUCAUUUGAUUGUUAACCUCA